CUACGGAAGAGGAUGGCGAACGAGAACAACACAAAUAUUGAACUUCCUUAUGUUCCGACUACUUUGGAUUAUACCAACAAAUUUAUGCAACGGUUUCAAGCAUGCGUGACUGGAGAAACCAACGUGUUACUUGAUUUUGAACCCAUUGUUGAUGGGGACUGGAAUAAUCAGACUGAACUGCAGGAUAAAGAGAAGAAAAAGAAAGAAAGUAUUCUAGAUCUUUCAAAAUAUAUUGAUAAAACCAUUCGAGUAAAGUUCCAAGGUGGCAGAGAAGCGAGUGGCAUUCUUAAAGGGUUUGACCCACUGCUGAACUUAGUGCUGGAUGGUACUAUUGAGUACAUGAGAGACCCAGAUGAUCAGUAUAAAUUAUCAGAGGAUACACGGGCCCUUGGCUUGGUGGUCUGCAGGGGAACAUCUGUAGUUCUCAUAUGCCCUCAGGAUGGCAUGGAAUCUAUUCCAAACCCAUUUGUGCAACAACAAGAUGGAUAAGCUUCCCAAAUCUUCCACUUCCAAAACUCAGGGCUUGGAUGUACUUCUGAUGUUCCAGAAGAAAAGGAAACUGUAGACGGCUGUUGUAAAUUUAACACAGUUUGACUGUUUACAUUGCUUCAGACUGGGUAGGAUGAUACAGCAGCUUCACUGGUUGUGUUGCCACAUUGCACGUGUCUUGAAUCAAAAAAUGAGCUGCAUUUUACUUUAUCGCCUUCUUAAGUUGAAGUCUGCAUAGAAUGAUGAUGAAGCCAGAAGAAACCACAAUGAUGCUAGUUAAUUUCAAGAAAUGUACCCCAACUUUCUGUUGUAGAAAAUCCAUUUUUUCCUGACAUUUGCUACUUUUGGACCUGUGUCAAUAGACUUCUGUUUUCCUUUGCUCUGUGCGAACAAAAAAAAAGUUGAAGAGCACUUUUUAGUUCAUUUUUGUAAUGCAGGCAUUUCAUGGCUGUGGUUGGAAUACACCUGAACAGCAAUAAAGUAACUGAUAAGUA